UCCAAAAGAAUCUCUACCUUGACUGACUAGUCCACGGUACAAAGGUAAAAGCUAAAAACUGAAGAAGACCAGUAGUAUUUCAUCAUCGUAUAUGUAUAUACAUAUAGGCCUGUGUUGUGUAUGCACAUUGCAGGAGCAAACAGACUUGAUCCUUUCUUUUCAUAAAAAUGAAAUCAGUCAUUGAUUCUACUUCUGCUGCUGCUCCAGCAGUUGUAUUGGCAUGCAUGGCUGCUACUGUUACUCUCUUAAUGGCCACAUCUACUGAAUCAUCUUCGUCGACAACAGAGGGAGAGGCUCUGCUCAACAGUGGUUGGUGGUGGAACACUGAUGUAGAGAAUCACUGCAACUGGGAAGCUAUCAUCUGCAAUAAGGCAGGCUUUGUCGUAAUGGUAAACGUUACAAAUAGCUCCAUCAGAAGAGGAGGUACGCUUGGGGAUUUGAACUUGUCUUCCUUUCCACAUCUUGAGCAUCUCGAUCUCAGCAACAGCUGUCUCAACGGAAGCUUACCCACCCAAAUUGGUUCACUUACAAAACUCACCCACCUUUCUCUCCGGGAUAAUUUUCUUAUUACAGGAACUUAUGGAUAUAUUGCUCCAGAGUUUGCUUACACCAUGGUGGUGACAGAGAAAUGCGACGUCUACAGCUUUGGGGUGGUGGCAUUGGAAACAAUUAUGGGAACGCAUCCGGGAGAGCUCCUUACAUCGCUAUUGUCCUCUUCAGAUCAAAAUCUAAUGCUAAAUGAUGUGCUAGACCCACGCCUCUCACCACAAACUGAUCCACUACUUGCCCAAGAUGUUCUUCUUGUUGCUACAUUGGCUUUUGCAUGUCUCCGUUCUGAACCAAAAUCCCGUCCAACAAUGAAGCAAGUAUCUCAAGAAUUUUUGGCUCGUAGGAGGAGACCGGCAGCCAAGCCCUUGCACGCAGUUUCUCUAUGGCGGCUAAGGAAUAAAGAUGGAAAUUUUCUGCUGAAUUGAAUUCGAGUGAAUCAAAGAUAUGUACCAGUAACUUGGUCAGGAAAUGACAAGAAAGAUGUACAUGUUCAACAUGUUUGAUUGCUGAGUAUAUGUCUCUGCAAUGCUCCCCAUACAUUUGAACUUCAUAAGUGCAUAUUGAAAACAUAUACGCACGGUUAU